UCUCCAACCCGUUCACUCUCUAAGCCCCGGUUCGCCGAUUACAUUCUUUUUCUUUUUGCAUUCUUGCAUUCAGUCACUCGUUAGGGUCACUCUUUAUCCCACACAUACACACACACAACAGCCAACAUGCGUUUCUCUCUUGCUGUCGCUGCCCUCGCGGCCGGUGCUGCCGCCGCCGUCGCUCCUCAGGAGGAGGAACAGACCGUUACCGUCACCGAGUACACCACCUACUGUCCUUCUGCGACCAUGAGCCAGCUUCCUCAGUACACCACCUCUGCUGGCCACUCCUACAGCAUCAGCCGUCCUCUGAUCACCUCUACCGUCACUCACUGCGAGAAAGCAGCUCUACCCCCGUCCCCUCCUCCACCAUUCCCGUUCAGGUCCCCGUCAACACCCCCGAGGUCAAGCCCAGCCCUAGCCCUGAGUCCUCCCUCCGCUGAGGCUAUCGGCCAGGGUAGCGGUUCGUCGUCGGCUUCGGGCUCGGCCACCACGCCCUCGUCGCCUAUCUUCACCGGCGGUGCUUCGCGCGCUGCGGCCGGUGCUGGGCUGGGACUGUCGACUGUGUUCGGACUUGUUGCUUUCUUGCUGUAAGCUAGCAACUGGGUUUUAAUUGAGUGACUUGACUCCAGUGACUGGGUGACUUGAGUGUGCAAGUGCUUUUGUACAUAUGGAGUGGUAGUGACUGACUGGGUUGAAUAUUCGUCUGGUUUCAUUUGGUUUUUUAUCUGAUUUCUUAAUUUUUUUUUUCUUUUCUUCUGAUCAUAUUGAUUCGUCUCUCCGUUAUAAUGGAUAUCUUGUCAAGGAUGUAUCCACGUGCUCAUAAUGGAGUUUACGCUUAAUGAAUAUACCAUUUUGCUUUUGUUAGAUCUUUCUAUGAUUUUCUUUAAGAUCUGCACU